AUGGGUUCACAACGGAGACCAACUCACUUGUACGGGUGGGCAUUGAUGAUAGUCGCUGUUUUCUGUCAACGGUGUCACGGAAGUUGUCCGGAGAAAGACUUGGAGAAAAGGGAAGAGGAGGCGAACGUAGUUUUGACUGGUACUGUUGAAGAAAUCAUGAACAUGGACCCAGUGCACAAUACAUACUCUUGCAAGGUAAGUCUGACUGUCCUGACUUGAGUUGAUAUAUUUCUGUUGAAUGAGGUUGCUGCUGAAUAUUGAUCCAUAUGCUACAAAAUAACGAUAGUCUUGUCGAAAACGUUACAAAGUAUCCAAUGUUUCUGUUUCAGAAAGUAGGAUACAUGUAAGCCUAACUCCAAAGUGACACCUGUCAAAUCAUAACCAAUCACUAUAACAUGCCACCCCACUUUUCUUCCAAAGCCAUUUUGAAUAUUUUGUUCAACGGUGGUCAUUUGAAUCAGUGCAUCGAUCUUGGUAGGCCUACUCAUACAGUAGUUGAACAAAAAAAGUAAUAACAAUCUCAACCAUUUCAACAAAGUGUUAGCUAUUUAUUACAUAUUUAUAGGCUAAUAAACCCCCUUUGAUACAUAAAAUACAUAUCUGAAUGUGUUUUCCUAAGGGAAGCUCAAGUGAACUAUAGUGAUGUACAUAAUUGAGCUAUAAGGCUGUACAUUUGUUGUUCUUGUUUUUAUUUUAUUUACAGGCAUGAGGUAGUAUUUGACAAUUGCCUUGUCACAGAGCACAACACUAAAUAUCCAUAUCUUAUGUGUUCCUUUAAACUUUUUAACCAUCUACCCAUCAAUUACAUAGCUACUAGUCCUACUACUCAGCCAGGUACUCAUCACAAACAUGCUGUGAACCACCUGCCAUGCAAACCAGUAGCCUAGCACUGGCCCGUGACCAACCUUGUUACUGCAGUGCAGAAGGUAGACGAACUGCAAACGGCAUCCAUUUGUAUAGUCAGUGGUCCAUUUGUUUGAUGUUGAAAACGGUAUUCAUCUCUCUGGGAGCAAUAAGCUACCUUUUUUAGAGAACAUGACAAACCAAUAUAUCGGUAGGAUAAAGGGAAUAUACAACUUUAUUGUCCAUUGUCAAAUGGAAAUUCAUAUUUUGCUGUUUUAUGUUAUUCCUAACUUCCCGGACACCACACACAAGAGGCAGAAAGCAGCACAGGGUCAGCUGUAGAGCAGUGCCCCUGCAGCAGAUUAGGGGUUAGGCUCCUUGCACAAGGGCAGUAGGUUGCACCUGAGAUUCUGAUACCAGCAAUCCUCCGGUUGCAUUCCAUUUAGUAAUGUAUAGUGUUGGCAGAUAAAGACAUUUUCAAUUCAAAUGGGUUCUGGAAAGGUUUGUUGCGCCUUAUUAAGAUGAAAAGGGCUGCAAACAAACACAGUUAUUCCAAGGUAGCCUAAUGUUGAGGGAUAUACAGUAGCAUAUUCAUACACUUGUGAAAUCCAUGACCGUAGUCCUCACAGAACCCCAUCCAGCAAUUAACAACACUCCUCCACAAAGUCAUUGAUGAAAUUCCUUUGGUUAUUCGUUGUUAAACCAUUAGACCCUCUAUUAACACUGAGGUACACCAAUCUAAUCUCUCUCAAAAUAAACAAGACGUAAACCAGUGGCAGUCAGCUCUCUCCGAGCUCAGAAACCUGCUGCUUGGUCCAGGGUCCGUUGUCUCAUGAGUUGGGAUGUAGAGGGAGUAGAUUAGAGGUGUCACGUUUUCAGAUCGGAACCACUUACCACCAAAUGAGACCAGCCCAAAUGGAAAAAUAUUUCAUGAAUAUGCAAUGUCUUCUGUUGCAAAUACGGUUAUGGUUUAGCAGAUACAGUCCAGGAAAGUAUGUAAUUAUUCAACCAUGGUACACUGAUGUAUACAAUUUGGCCCUUUUAAAAGUUUUAUUAAAAUAAGUGGUUGGCAGAAUAAGUGCUUGGAUGCAUAUAAACAUGAAAUACCUAAGAUCAGUCCUGGAGUCCUGACUUAAAUAUGUUUGUUUAACUACAAUUAUUGUAAAAUACCUUUGCUAUGAAAUAUAUUUGCUUAAUGGUAGACUCAUUACAUCAUCAUAAUCAACAGGGCAACUUUCCACUUGCAUACAUCAUAUCCUCUUUAUGAUGAUGUCACCUUGCUCAGUCUACCUUUAACUUGAAGUUACAGCCUGUAUGUGAGGAGCCUCAAUAAAGAGCUAAACCCUCUCUGUCUUUCUCCAUGGCCUUGAUAAAGGUGAGGGUAUGGCGGUACCUGAAAGGCAAGACCAUGGUCAACGGCGAGGUUCUUCUGGAUGGCGGCAACAAGGUGAUGAUCGGCGGCUUCGGGGACCCUGGGAUCUGCGACAACCAGGUUGCCACUGGCGACACACGCAUUUUCUUUGUCAACCUGGCCCCGGAGUACAUGUGGCCGGCACACAAGAACGAGCUGAUGCUCAACUCCAGCCUGAUGAGGAUUACCCUGCGCAACCUGGAGGAGGUGGAGCACUGUGUGGAC